AUGAUCUUUAGUUACUACGCAAGUCCUGCUUCUACCUCAAGCGGUACAAGUUCAUUAUUAAGUGUGGAUCGUUCAAAGUUCCUCAAGUUGUCGGAUCGUAAAGUCUGGAAUGAUUCUCAGAUUCAUUCACAAAAGACGCAAGGAGUCAAGGUGAUUAAUUAA